GGCAACCUCUUUACCCAUCCUCCGUUAAAAUCAAUUUACGAUUAUUAUUUUGUGCAUUUCAUUGCGUGAAACUCAACACCCAGCCUAUCGUUGUUCAUAUAUUCUCCGCUAAGACUAAGUGAGUGUUAUUCACCUCGCUGUUGAGGUAUAGCGUUGCAUUGCCAGACGUCUACAGUCGAAGUUAGCUGGACAGCUAAUGCUCGACUUCUUUUGAAAGGAGAUGUUCAAAACCAAAAUACUCUUUGUUGGUCCUAAUGAGAGUGGGAAAACGGUUCUUGCAAAUUUUCUCUCAGACACAACAGAAAAUGUGGGAGGUGAAUAUAGACCUACUGAAGGAGUCAGAAUACUGGAAUUUGAAUCAGCACCUGAGGGCAGUGGUGACAAGACAUGUGAAGUUGAACUUUGGGACUGUUCAGGUGAUUUCAAAUUUGAAUCAUGCUGGCCUGCGCUCAUGAAGGACUCCAGCGGUGUGGUUAUCAUUUUCAAUCCUGACGUUCCAAGUCACCUCAAAGAAAUCGAGACGUGGCAUUCGAUGUUUAUCUCCUCUCAAGGUUUGCAGGAUGCUCAGUGUCUACUCAUAGCUCACCACAAGCCUGGCAGCGGAGUAGAAGACGGACGGCUGCCGUUAGCGUCACAUCUGAGCAGAUUGCCACUUACUCACUCCAACCUGGAAGACGAGCCAGAGGAUGUGAGACAAGCUUUCUGCAGAUACUUGGGAAAUGUUGUAAAUACGAUGUCAGAGAGUCGAGAGCGAGAGGAGAUGUCCAUCAUCACAUAGCAGUAAAAUCUAUUAAAUAUGCAGCUUAAUGAGGAUGGAUUUUGUUGGCAGUACUUCUUUAUUUUAAGUUAUUAAUUAUACAUCUUCACUGUCAAUCAGCUGCGCAUGAGUUCUUACAAACCCCAUUGCAAACUUGAAUAUUUUCCUACAGUUUGGUAAGUUUAUUUGUGGUUUCUUUUGUGAAAUAAUAUGAUUCAUUCUAGAUAUUAAUACUCAAGAGACACAAAAAAACACUUCUGUUUCUAAACAUUUGUUUAUUAGAAAAAUUGGUGCAGGUUGUGGGGAAUGUGAUUAUUCUAAGUGCAAAAGGAGAAAGAAAACUUCAAUAUCUAGACAUCAUAUCCAAUAAUGCCUCCUUUGCCAAUACACUCUCCAAUAUAGAACCACAUCAGCACCUCAGUGGUCACAAGUCCGUUCCUUAAGGCAUCCUACAGCACGAAAACAAAGAAAAAGAACUUCAACUCAACACAACUGCAUAACUGACAGUCACCAGAAAAACACAUGAUGGUUCGUGUUUAAACGAGGUCUGACAAUGUGACCCAAACAGUGAUUGUAGACUGCAAAAAUAAGAUCUUUUCAACUUUUCCAUCCAUUCAAAUAUCUGCUCCAGACACAGAGCACGUUCUGUGAAUACACACAUCAACUGAACAUUCAAGGUUGUGUAUGAAAUUUGUGCAGUUGUUAACUUUUAUAUCGCCUGAUGAUUCUGCAACUGUGUUUUUCCACUUACAUUCUAUAUUAAAAUCACAACACGUUGUCAAAAUUU